AUGAUUGAUCGUUUGUUCGACUUCCUCGAGACCGAAGGAUCCACAGACGGAACAUGCUGUCGAGACGAGAAAUCCUACCAAUGCAAGGACUCUAGCCGUCAUGGCCAGGUGUACAUUGGCGACGACUGUGGUGACAUGCAGAAGAUCUCCUGCACCUACUGGAACGCACCGACUCGACCUAUCUAUGUUGCCAGCAACAAAAGCAUUGUCGGUAUUGGAGAAAGCGGUGUCAUUCGAGGCAAGGGAUUCCGCAUGUCCCACGAUGUCAGUAAUGUCAUCUUCCAAAACAUCCACAUCACGGAGUUGAACCCCGAGUACAUCUGGGGCGGCGACGCCAUCUCCAUGGAUGGCACCGACAAGAUCUGGAUCGAUCACUGCAAGACUUCCUUGAUUGGCCGCCAGCACAUCGUCUCCGGAUGGGGCCCUGCCGGUGCUGUCACCAUCUCCCACCACGAGUUUGACGGCAAGACGGACUUCUCCUGCAACCAGCAACACUACUACAAUGCCCUCCUCAUCGCCUCGAAGGCGAACUACACUUUCGCCUAUAACUACCUUCACCAUGUCUCUGGGCGCGCGCCAAACGUCGGAGGAUCCGAGGAAGUCAUGUUCCAGGGCGUCAACAAUCUGUGGGAGGGAGACGACGACCACGCCUUUGCCAUCGGAGACCAUAUCCAGGCCCUGCUCGAGGGCAACCAUUUCGAGAAUGUCUCCCGACCCAUCGAGCCCAACACCUACAACAGCGCCGGAGAGAUCUUCGUUGUGGAGACCUCCGCGGAUGCCGCGGCCUGCCAGGAUCCCAUGGGACGCCUUUGCGAGCCCAACAGCGUUGGUGGCCAGUCUGGCGAACUGCUUCCCCUGAACAAGACCGUUGCUAUCGACAAGCUCAAGUAUGCGUCGGAGUCUCUCCUGAAGCCAAUGAAGGUCUCCGAGGUCCCGGAUUUUGUGAAGGCCAAUGCUGGUAUUGGCAAGCUUAACAGCAGUAGUCCUCCGGCAUCAUCCACUUCCACCGCUUUCCCAACCCUGCCGCCGAGCGUCAAUGGAACUGCUGGCUUGGCGCCGACACCCACUGCCGUACCGACUUCUUCUGGUCUCUUGUCUGCUGCUGCCCAUUUAGUCAAUGCUACUUCUUCUGCUUCUCGGCCGGCUAAGUCGGCUUGUAAGGCUAGACGGUCUCUGCACUUCAAGCGCCUCCUUUGA